UCCUCAGUUGGCUGGCAAAGGUUCAGCCGCGCGGACCAACGUUGGGGCGCUGCUCAUUCUUUCGCCAACGUCUGUGAGAGAAACUUGUCUAGAUUCCCGCCCCUACUAUUAUUUUUGCCCAUUAAUUUGUUACGCAUCUAUCAUUCUUUACUAAUUUAAGUCCCAACAAUGUACAUCAUGCGUUCUGUUCUCCUGGUGGCACUUGUAGCCACUAUAGUCCAGUCUCAGGGGCAACGACAGAGAAACAGACCACGACAAACGCGACCCGCCAAUAAUCUACCCGAAUCCUCAGCUCCCAAUCUCGCCCUCCUACCCCGGGUGGGAGAGGCGUCCGAGUCGUGCCCAAACCCAGGGGAGGAGGUGAGCUUCGAGCUCAUCACUGGCUUCGUGUACUCCUCUGCCGACGACAUAAUCGACUCCAAGAUCGGCACGCUGGUUCUUGGGGAGUGCAUCGAGUACUGUCGCCUCAACUCCAGGUGCCAAGCACUCAACUUCGAGACGGGGCUCUGCGUGCUCUUCAAGACCGCCGCCGGGGAGAACUCAGCGUCCCUGGCAGUGUCGCAGUUCCCGGUGUUCACGCUUUACGCCCAGAAGGUGUGUCUGGCCUCCCAGCGUCCCACCUGCGCCUCCCCCUGGGCCUACGAGACCGUUCCUGGUCUGGCCAUCACUAACCGCUUCCGCGCCGACUCCAAGACCGUAGCCUCCAGGGGCUUGUGUGUCCUCGCCUGCCUCACUGAAGACAAGUUUAUCUGCAGAGCCGUCUCCUACGAGGCCGCCACCAAGACCUGCACCCUGGCGCAGGUCGACCGCAACAUGGCUGGUCGCAAGCGCCUGCUGGAGCUCGAGGAGGAGGCUGACUACGUGGAGGUGGCGUGCGUGCCCAAGCCCCAGAAGAUGUGUGAGUUCCAGACGCUGCGGGGCCGCAUCCUGAAGACCGUGGACGCUGUUUACCAAGACGUGGAGAGCAACGAGGAGUGCAAGGACAGGUGCAUGAAGGCCAACUUCACCUGCUACUCCUUCGACUUCAUGUCGGCCGGGGAGAAGAUCUGCCGCUUGUCCCACCACUCGACGGCCACCCUCGCCCACAUCCAGGAGCCCUACCUCCAGAUCGAGAACGCCACCACACACGAGAUGCAGUCCUGCUACCAGGUGACGGUCGAGUGCCGGGGAAUGGAGAUGUUGGCGCGCAUCUCGACUUCGACUCUCUUCGACGGCAAGGUGUACGCCAAGAACCGCCCCAACUCGUGCGUGACCGACGUCAAGAACUCCACUGACUUCGAGAUCGUGCUCCCCUACAACGACGUCAACUGCGACGUCGUCCAGGAUGGUCCAGGCACCUUCUCCACCAACAUCGUCAUCCAGAAUCACGACAUGAUCGUGACCGCGGCUGACCUGGGACUCGCCCUGCACUGCAAGUAUAACCUCAGGAACCAGACUGUGACCAACUCCCUCCUCUCCGGCCUGGAGGUGAAGGGUGCUAUUGACUCCACCGAGUUCUACGAGGAGACGGUGGUCGAGUCUCCCAACGUGGUGAUGCGGGUGACGGACACCAAGGGUCUGGAUAUCAUCACUGCACAGGUGGGUGACAACUUGGCUCUGCGCUUCGAGAUCACAGACGUCAAGAGCCCCUACGAGAUCUUCGUGCGGGAGCUGAUCGCCAUGGACGGCCAGGACAACUCUGAGAUCCUCCUCAUUGACGGACGGGGCUGCCCGACUGAUCCAACUAUCAUGCAGGCUGUUGUCCAGGUGGAAAAUGGCGUAGUGUUGCACGCGCCCUUCCAAGCCUUCAAGUUCCCGGCUUCGGAGGUGGUACAGUUCCGGGCGUUGGUGACCCCUUGUCUGCCGCGCUGCGACCCCGUUCAGUGCAACGUCCCGGGCUUCGAUGGCAUCUCCCGCAGGGAGGAGUCCCUUGGCAGGCGCAGGAGGCGAGAGGUGCAAGAUACGGACAUCAUGGUGGCUCAAUCAGUCCGUAUCACCGACAAGUUCGAGUUCUUCGCCAACCAGAAGCAGGAGGUGGAGAUCGAGUCAGCAGAGGGCAGCUGUUCGUCCUUCACCGGCGUGGUGGUGGCGUGCGCGCUCUUCCUGGCCGCCCAGCUGGUCCUGCUCAUGGCCUGGAGUUACCUAUGGCACAAGAAGAGAGCCACCAAACAGAUUGACCCCAACCCGCCUUCCCUCUACUUCGGCACCACCUCCUCCCGCACCUCUUCCACCUCCUACCUCACCGACUAGACGAGCCACCUCAAACACCCUCCGAAGUGCAGAUCAUGCCUUCGUGCUACACACGGAAGACCAAAACACACUCCUUAGUGCCACUGUACAAAACAACGCGACCUUAUAGAUAGGUUGGUAUUUCUUAAGGGGUCGACGAAUUUGCCACUUUGAUGGUAAACAGGAUUUUUUAGGUGUGUCUUUGGUGUCUAUUUCCUCCCCAUCCUCUUUCAUGGCUUGAUCAGGGCAGCUCAAGUCUUCACUCUCAUGAGUUAAGGUCACACAUCUUUCACAUAUCACGACGGGCAUAUAUGAUUACUUUCCUCCGAUGGUAAUAUUAUGGAGCUUUAUAAUGGGCAUACGACUAUUAAGUAUACGCGGGAAUUUAUGGGUUUAGAGGAAUUCGUGUCUCUUCUUAAAUCUUACAAUCUUGAUAAUUACUUAAAUAUAAGACAUAAACAUGUCGGUGUUUGGACUUUGUCCCAAGGAAGUUGAUGAAGGUUACAUAGCUAGGGCAGGCGGUCCAGGGGUUUGCCAUUGCAUCUUAUAGCAAUGUCUAUGAUGGUCUGAUGACUACGAUGGUUGCCAGGCGAGGCCGAGGGAUCACCUCAAAGGUGCUGCUCGUAGCCAUGCUAGACAAGACAGGUGCCUAACAACUGGUAUUUUGACGGUGAAGACAGGGACCGUCAGAUUAGAUUUUUCCUCAAAGGAGUCUUCUUGUAGUAGUACGUAAUGUAUUUAUAUACACUGCCAUGAUGAUGUGCUGGAUAGGCUGUUAUAAUGUAUUUGUUAGGCUGUUAUAAUGUGCUCGUUGCACUGUUGUUAUAAUGUAAUAUCACACUGUUUUAUCUUUUAUACAGACUUGUGCUUUCUAGAUUACCUUCCUUGUGUGACAAUCCAAUCCGUUAUACAGAUCACGAGACAAUCAUAACUCUGAUAGACUACCCUGGCCUUUAAAUAAACUUAUCAUCUAUGUCGGAUGAUAUUGACUGUUAGACUAUUAUGGGACAGUGACAUCUACACUACAGCUAAAAAAAAAUCCGUUGGUAACGUCACUUCUACGGUCAAAAACGUCUUUCAUCUUCAUUAAGUCCGUUUCUUUGCACCUUAAGUGUAAAGAGGACCCUCCAGCCUCGGCAACCAGAGCGCAACUCCAUCGUCUACCAAGACUGCCGGAUGCUUACUACCAAGUGGUAAGACAGAGUACCAUCGGGCAUUACCAGUAUAAAUUUGACAAGACAUAUGUGUGUCUUAGAAGCUUCGUUCUUCCCGCAAGAUCACCGCACUGAGAGAAGAGUUUUCCCUCCAGUAGUCAAUUAGGUUUGUACAUGUUCCAUGCUUCGAACUGCCAUUUCUCGGGAGCGGUAGGAUCAUCUCCCCACCGACGACCUCUAGUUGGGCGUUGAUCACAGACUCCAGUUAAUCCGCUUCACCAAACUACUGUUUAAGACGACCUCAACUGGCCCCUGCCAACCUGAGCGGCUCCUGACAACCCAAGGCGGUCACAACUAUAACAUACGACCUCAACAGUUUCAGACGACCACAACUGUUUCAAGUUGGGACAGUAUGACCUCAACAGUCCUAGACGACAACAGCUAUAACAUACGACCACAUCUAUUUUAGACGACCUCAACUAUCCUAGACGACCACACGACUAUCCCGGACGACCACAACUACCCAAACGACCACAAUUAUCUUAGACGACCACAACUAUCCAAAACGACCACAAUUAUCUUAGACGACCACAACUAUCCCAGACGACCACAACUAUCCCAAUCGACCACAAUUAUCUUAGACGACCACAGCUAUCCUAGACGACCACAACUAUCUUAAACGACCACAACUAUCCCAAACGACCACAGCUAUCCCAGACGACCACAACUAUCCCAAACGACCACAACUAUCCCAGACGACCACAAUUAUCUUAGACGACCACAACUAUCCCAGACGACCACAACUAUCCCAAACGACCACAACUAUCCCAAACGACCACAACUAUCCCAGACGACCACUACUAUCCUAGACGACCACAACUAUCCCAGACGACCACAACUAUCUUAAACUACCUCAACUAUCCCAAACGACCACAACUAUCCCAGACGACCACUACUAUCCUAGACGACCACAACUAUCCCAGACGACCACAACUAUCCUAGACGACCACAACUCCCAAACGACCACAACUAUCCCAAACGACCACAACUAUCCCAGACGACCACUACUAUCCUAGACGACCACAACUAUCCCAGACGACCACAAUUAUCUUAGACGACCACAACUAUCCCAAACGACGACAACUAUCCCAGACGACCACAACUAUCCCAGACGACCACAAGUAUCUUAAACGACCACAACUAUCCCAGACGACCAUAACUAUCCUAGACGACCACAACUCCCAAACGACCACAACUAUCCCAAACGACCACAACUAUCCCAAACGACCACAACUAUCCCAAACGACUACACAACUAUCCCAAACGACCACACAACUAUCCCAAACGACCACAACUAUCCCAAACCACAACUAUCCCAAACGACUACACAACUAUCCCAAACGACCACACAACUAUCCCAGACGACCACUACUAUCCUAGACGACCACAACUAUCCCAGACGACCACAAUUUUCUUAGACGACCACAACUAUCCCAAACGACGACAACUAUCCCAAACGACCACAACUAUCCCAAACGACUACACAACUAUCCCAAACGACCACACAACUAUCCCAAACGACCACAACUAUCCCAAACCACAACUAUCCCAAACGACCACAACUAUCCCAAACGACCACAACUAUCCCAGACGACCACUACUAUCCUAGACGACCACAACUAUCCCAGACGACCACAAUUAUCUUAGACGACCACAACUAUCCCAAACGACGACAACUAUCCCAAACGACGACAACUAUCCCAAACGACCACAACUAUCCCAAACGACUACACAACUAUCCCAAACGACCACACAACUAUCCCAAACGACCACAACUAUCCCAAACCACAACUAUCCCAAACGACCACAACUAUCCCAGACGACCACUACUAUCCUAGACGACCACUACUAUCCUAGACGACCACAACUAUCCCAGACGACCACAAUUAUCUUAGACGACCACAACUAUCCCAAACGACGACAACUAUCCCAGACGACCACAACUAUCCCAGACGACCACAAGUAUCUUAAACGACCACAACUAUCCCAGACGACCAUAACUAUCCUAGACGACCACAACUCCCAAACGACCACAACUAUCCCAAACGACCACAACUAUCCCAAACGACCACAACUAUCCCAAACGACUACACAACUAUCCCAAACGACCACACAACUAUCCCAAACGACCACAACUAUCCCAAACGACCACAACUAUCCCAAACGACCACACAACUAUCCCAAACGACCACACAACUAUCCCAAACGACCACACAACUAUCCCAAACGACCACACAACUAUCCCAAACGACUACACACAACUAUCGCAAACGACCACACAACUAUCCCAAACGACCACACAACUAUCCCAAACGACCACACAACUAUCCCAAACGACCACACAACUAUCCCAAACGACCACACAACUAUCCCAAACGACCACACAACUAUCCCAAACGACCACACAACUAUCCCAAACGACCACACAACUAUCCCAAACGACCACACAACUAUCCCAAACGACCACACAACUAUCCCAAACGACCACACAACUAUCCCAAACGACCACACAACUAUCCCAAACGACCACAACUAUCCCAGACGACCACAACUAUUCCAAACGACCACACAACUAUCCCAGACGACCACACAACUAUCCCAAACGACCACACAACUAUCCCAGACGACCACACAACUAUCCCAGACGACCACACAACUAUCCCAAACGACAACACAACUAUCCCAAACGACCACACAACUAUCCCAAACGACCACACAACUAUCCCAAACGACCACACAACUAUCCCAGACCACACAACUAUCCCAGACGACCACAACUAUCCCAAACGACCACACAACUAUCCCAAACGACCACACAACUAUUCCAAACGACCACACAACUAUCCCAAACGACCACACAACUAUCCCAAACGACCACACAACUAUCCCAAACGACCACACAACUAUCCCAAACGACCACACAACUAUCCCAAACGACCACACAACUAUCCCAGACCACACAACUAUCCCAGACGACCACAACUAUCCCAAACGACCACACAACUAUCCCAAACGACCACACAACUAUCCCAAACGACCACACAACUAUCCCAAACGACCACACAACUAUCCCAAACGACCACACAACUAUCCCAGACCACAUGUGCCAUUGUUAUGAUUUAGGUUUACAGAGUCUCCCUACCACAGCCUGAGUUGCCAGAAGAAGGAAACACCCCAAACUGUACACAUUUGUGUGUCAACUCGCUAAUCAUCUUGGGAUUGAUGACACCAUCAAUGCCAAAUGAAAUGCCAAUCAUCUCUUCUAAAAUGAAACGGACGAUUGCGAUAACCUACAAACUUGAUGUUUGCAGGCAUAAUAACGUGGUUGAAGUAUGUUGACCAAUCCACACACUAGAAAAUGCGUAGACAAUCGACUUGAGAAUGGUCCAGGACGAACCGAAACGUCGUCGUCGUCCCUUCAUUUCCUAGUGUUUGGAUUGGUUAACAAACUUGAUGUUUAUUUCAUAUAUUGAAGGCUGGAGAUGGAGUCAAACGCUGUUCACUUUAGGAACGAUGUUAGCUAUUACUCUAAAAGUUUGAUUUAGUUCUGUUUCCAGUUUAUACUUCUGUAACCCUCUCAUAGACGAUAUAAGUGGCGAGGUACAGGUGACAUUCACCUGUUUUCAGAAACUGUUUUGAGGGAAUAACUCAAAGAUUCCGAAUCUCUUUCUCGGAACACUGACCGGCUCAGAACCUUUUUUUUUGUGUGUGUGGGAUUUAUUUCUAUCGCGUUUAAUUACGGGCAUUCAUAGGAAUUAGGGGUUAUUAUUUAUUAUUUGUUAUUGUUUAUUUAUUGGUUGUUAUGGAUGAGUGUUACACAAGAAUUAACUAUGUAAAGAAGUGAGAAUGUUUAUAUAAUAAAAUGUCAACUUAC